UGAGGAUGAUGCUUCAGUACAAAAAGCCAGGUUUCUCAUUUCGACGAAAAGGAUCUGCCCAUCGCAUGCAUUGUUAAAAAUUUCAAUUGCCUCAUGAAACCCGUCUAACGGUCUCUAUUCCCUUGGCUUUGAAGAAGAGUUUGCCCAAGAAAUCAUUGACUUGCUUAAGGUCAUUUGAAAUCCUUAAGUUGCGACGUUUAUUAGCAUUGCAUAUUUAUAAGAACAGAGGAAAUAUUCAAAGCAACCUAGAUACAAACUCUCGUUAUAGAAUUAUUUGAACGUUAAUCUAGAUUUGGAUAUAGCAAUUCGUUGAAUUGGCUGUUUUGGAAGGUGCCACAGGCCUGUCAAAAGAUCAAUUCCUAAUUCUUUCUCUUUUUGGUUAAGUGAUUUGUAUUUGCCUGCGUUUUAGGUUGUAAUAUUCAACCUAGCGAGUUCGGUUUUAGUUAUAAAAGAAAUUCCUUGAAUCGCGUAUUACAGUGGUUUGGAUAGGAAAGAAGCCUGUUCUAUAAAACAUCGACUUUAUGCCUUAUUUUUCUUUAAUCUUAUCGAAGGAAUCAAAUUUGUAUGCUUAUAUCGCACCCAUUAGUAUUCAAUAAUUCGAUAUACCAAGAAGACGAAAAGCAUUUAUUUAGUUGAGAAUUAUUGUUUCUUCAGUUCCUUUUCUUUUUCUUCUGCUGGUUGUCAUGCAGCAAUAUUUUCAGCAACCUAAUCGUUCCCAAAUGGAUGAAGGAAUGGAAGCCAAAGUCGCCGAAAAUUCCAUUCUUCCCAUUCAAAAACAAGCAGAUUCUUCCAUGAAGCAAUACGAUAUAGAUUUCCUUUUUGCUCCUUCUUACAACAAUCAUGCUGGAACUCAGCCAAGCAACUCUUCUAUACCGACCUUCUCCAGUCAAGAAUCAUCCAAUCUUCCAAAUGCGCAAGGAUUUCCAAAGGAAUCAAUGCUACGUGGACUAGAUCUAAAAGAAAUUCCACAACAGGAAGCUCCAACUGUUACACUCGAUACCGAAGUCUAUUCAAAUAUCGACAAACCCUUGGAAUCGUCUAAAAUUAAUCAGACGUUUGCAGAUACGAGUCUACCAGAAGAAGCUGAACCAAGGCUACCAGUAUCUAGUUCAAUUAUUCCAGAAAAGGAAUUGUCUUUUGAACCGUCCCUUAACUCUCCAAUCUCAAAAGGCAAAAAACAAAGGCUGGUCCCUGAACAAUUAAACUAUCUUUUACGUCAGUUUGCGAAGGAUGCAAAUCCGCCUCCUUCUAUUCGAGAAGAGAUUUCCCGAGAACUUAACCUUCCUGAACGAAGUGUUACUAUUUGGUUUCAGAACCGUCGAGCAAAAGCAAAGUUAAUAUCCAGACGUCAAGAAGAAGAACGUCAGAGGCUGUUGCGUGAACAAAAGGAACUAGAUAAUUUAAAUCAACAAGUUUCCCAGGCCUUUGCGCGUGAAGUACAAUCCAGUUCUGAAAACAAUCCCGAAUCCAGCUCCGGUUUAACGUACGGUCGACCUUUACCAUUCAUGACAACGUUGCUCCCAAAAAUAAGUAGGAAAUGUUGGAAUACGUAUUCCUCACCUCAAUCAUCAUUUAAACCUGCUCCCUCUUCAUUAGAAAAUCCUACCUUGCAACACACCAUGGUAAAUCCUCCAUACAAAUAUGCAUUCCCGGGAAGCAACGACCCUCGUUUUCAGCAAAGAUAUUCAAUUUCCUACCCGCCAAAUAAGAAUCCAUCAUCUCUUCCUGAUGCCGCUAAAAAAAAUAUUUCGAAAUAUCCUUCCUCUUCUUUCCCAUCUUUAUCACCAGUUUCAGCAAGCCUUCCUUCGGCUUAUGCGACUGGUAUCUUCGACCAGGGUUUUCCACAAGGAAGUCAGUAUAAUAACCCAAAUAUGAUCAACAAGGUAUCCCCUACGCCUACGACAAGAAGAUAUUCUUCUACUCGCUUAUUUCCUUCGCAAUCCAUUCAAGGCCACCAGUCAACUUUUUCCAAUAGUAAUUCCUCUGAAUUUUAUUAUUUUUCAUGCGCUCUUCUGAUUAUUGGUUUAUGGAAACGAUUGCGUUUAGCUCCCCAAGAUUUGAUGUGUUUUUACUCGCCUCCCAAGCGACUGUUUGCAUACCUGAUACAAUAUGAAGGAAUCCAAUACCGUAUAGAGUACUCAUUUUUUGUAAUUGAAUCUAUACAUGUGACCCGUGUCGAUGAUCCUUUGUUGAGUGAGCUGAACGUUGCGGUUCCUGCUCGAGAAAGACCUGCUCCAAAUGAAUCUUGGCUUCAAGUUGACAUUCAGUUGACAAUUCCUCCUGUUUUUCAUAUGAUAACUACAGAGGGACAGGAAAACUGUACUGAUUUUACCGAAGGAAACCAAGCCUCUGAAGUGCUAUCUCAUUCUUUAAUUGGGCCCGCCGGCAGUAUAUUUUUAAUGCUAAACCGGAUUCGGGAAGCUUCACCAGAAUUGGGAUCUGUGAUUAAACUGCAAAAAAGCUUAAAUCCCCCCUCAAACUAUCAAGAACAGGAACAUGGAAUAACCAAGGAUGAGCAUAGUAUGAUAUUGAACGAAGAAGAGGAAAACAAGAAAAAUGUAAUUCUUGAAAAAGAAAUGCAAGAAUUGCAUUUUCAGAGAUCACCGAAAGCGGAUACUUCCGAAAGAACACAAAAAGAUAUGUCCUUUAAUGAUUCUUCGUUUCCAUCCGAGAAUGUACGAAGCGCUAUUGAGCCUUCUAGGCCUUUUGAAACCAAUUCAAAUGUAUCAUUUCCAUUAUCAGCACCAUCUGAAAUGCAUCCAUUUUCUAGAGGAAGUUUUUCUCAGUUAAAUCCUGUUAUAUAUAUGAACGCUGAAACAAGGAACGAAAGAGAAGAAAAGAGAGAGGUUAAUUCCUCUGAUACUUUCCAAUUCCCUGAAAAUGGGUUCUUUAUGCAACAUAGUUCGCCAGUGGAUACAUUGCCUGCGGGUACAGGCAUGGAAAACUCGACGUAUGGAAUGGAAUCAGGUGUUGGAGUUGUGGAAGGAGAAAAUAAUUUAGCAAAAAUUCCUUUAGAAUAUCCGUUUGAGUAUCCGAAAAUUCAAACCAGGUUUUCUGGAAGAGCUCCGCAGCUGCAUCUGCAGACGCCUAGGAUACCUAGCGCUUCUACAGUACCAGAGAACACUGGGAUUAAAGAUGAAGGAGAGCAAAGCACUUCAUUGUACCCGCAGAUGAUUCCUUCUGAUUCGGUUAAACAAGAGGAAGCGACAUCUAGUAUUCAGGGAAACAUUCCCCAAUAGACCAUGAAGGAAUCCUUGGAACAGUACUAAUUUUGUCGAUAUUCGCUUGAAGUUUCAGGUGCAUCAUUAUUAAAAAAAAAAAAGAAAGAAAUAAUGACAACAGAAGAUAUAAUUUAAAAGGCCUAGGUUGUCUGUCGCUUGGAGGAACGGUAUAUGGAUUGAAAUAGAAUGCGACCUUUUAAAUUUUUUUUUUAUAUAGUUGAUGCUUUAUUCUUGUGUUUAUUUUAUGCAUGCAUGAUAUUAUGAUUAUUUAUAUCGCUGGACGAUUCCACUUUGAUUAAUUUUAUUUCCUUAUUUCUUGUUCAAACCAGCAAUGAGAUGACUUAUUAAUUCAUAU